UUGAGCGGCGCUGGAGUAAUUAUAGCCUAUAUAUAGGAUAUGUUCAUCAGUAAAAUUGUUUUUGUGUUAAAGUUGGAUUAAAAUAAUCAUUAUCGAUGCUUUAAUUUAUAAUAAAUAAAAAAGAAUAUUUUGAACUAUAUGUUUUAUGAAAAAAAUGUUUAAAAUUGUAUAUUAUAAAAGAAUUUUUAAUAUAAUAUUCAAGAUGCUACUUAGUGUAUGGUAUAACAAUUGUUUAUCUUUCAAUGCUAAUAUUUGCGGUUAAUUUUAUUUUUAAAUAUAAAAAUUUUCUACUGAAGUUUUAAGAAAGUUCAUGUAAAUAUUUAUAUUAGAAGAAAAUGGUACGAAUAAAAUGGUCUUUAACUAAAACACCUAAUAUCCUUAAACUUAAUUUAAAACAGAAGUGGUGGCGUCUACAGAUCAUUACAAAAUCUUUAUUUUAUAAUGAAUUUUUAAAUUGGAGUUAUGUUUGUGAUAUACUUUUGGAACCAAUGUUCUGGUUUGUAGAAAAUUUUACUGCAUGUUUAGGACCUUUUAUAGGUAUUUGUAGUAAUGCUGGUUAUCCACCAGAAGGUGGUCUUAUACCAGAGGCUGUGAGUAUUUGUAAAAAAUGUAUUAAACCAAAGCCUCCUAGGACCCAUCAUUGUUCUGUAUGUAAUAGAUGUAUUCUUAAAAUGGAUCAUCACUGCCCAUGGUUAAACAAUUGUGUUGGUCAUUAUAAUCAUAGGCAUUUCUUUCAAUAUAUGGUUUUCACAGUACUUGGUAUUUUAUUCAUAAUGCUAUUUGGUGUAGAGAUUGCAUAUCAAGAAUUCUUUCCAGCACAGGAGCCAGAAUUAGAUGGUCAUCCAGUGCGCAUUAAUAAUUCUGAAAUAAUUCCUAUGACUGAGUCAUUAGAUCAUCUAAGUGAAGAAGAAUUAGCUGAAAUAGCAAAAAAAGCUGCAGAUACAAACAUUAAAGAAUGGAAACGUCGACUUAUAGUUUUUGCAGCACUAAUUUGUGUAGCCACAUUUGCAGCAUUAGGAGCACUUACAUGGUGGCAUGCAGGUCUUAUUACAAGAGGAGAAACAAGUAUAGAAGCGCGUAUAAAUAGUACAGAAACACAAAAGUACAAGAUACUUGGAAAAGUAUAUCAAAAUCCAUAUAAUUUUGGACCAAGACAAAAUUGGAAACUUUUUUUAGGAAUAAUCGGAAGAAAUUGGUGGUAUAUACUUUUUCCAUCUACUCAUGGACCAUAUGGAGAUGGUCUUACAUGGAAAACUAUUCAUGAUACAAAAAUAUCUUGAGUAUAAUUUCUCUAUUAAUAAUUACAGAAGUUAUACUUGUUUUUUACAGUCAUAAAAAAUAUCGUUUUUACAGAUUUAAAAAUAUUCUAGUCAAACUAUACUUUGAUUAAUAUAAUAUAGUCUGAGAAUUUUAAUGUCAACCUUAAUCAAUAUAAAUACAGUCUUUGUACAUCAAAAAAAUUAUUCAAUAUGUACAUAUAUCGAUCACAAUAUCUUUAACAAAUACUUUUAUCUAAUGUUA